CGCCCCUUCCACUUUGCCAGUCUAGCUUUCUGCGCAAAAUUCCUUUUCUUUCUCAAACAACUUUUCUAUAAUAAACUUAUAAACUUUCCUUCUUCAAUCCCAUCUUAUUCCCACACCACAUUUCCUUUUCCUUCACAACCAAAAUUACCUUAAUCAAGUCCUUGGAAUGUGGGAACCAUAUUUUAUUAUUUACCCUCCCUCUCUCUCAAAUGCUGGGUAAAAAGUGUCUACCAGAUUCUUUGCUUUUUCAACCCUAGCUUUGAAUCAUACCAGUCCACCACCCUCCAAAUUCUCUGUUUCGGCUCAAUCUCUACACAAAUUCAAAUAAUCUCAGAUCACUGCAAUUGUAAUUGAAUGGGAUCUUUCCGUGGAUUAGGCAUUGGGCUGAGCUUGGUAUUUGGUUUCAUUCUAAUGGGGCUUUUUGCAGUGCUUUGUUAUCUGCUAUGGUGGAAGAAGAGAACAGUCUAUUCACGCAGCGCCAAAAUCGAAAAUCUCGAGAAAUUCUCGUUUCCCCUGUGUUGGAAGAAUUCGGAUUCCGUCGGCGGCAGCAGCAGAGAGCUCACGAAUUCAAUCAGAAGCCAGUUCGAACAAGAAGACGUGGAAGCGGGGCUGAGCAAAUCGGAAUCGGAGGCGAAGGGUUACGGCGAGGAAGGGGUGGAAUCGGAGUUGAUGCGAUUGCACAACCUGUGCGGACCGCCGCGAUUCCUGUUCACGAUCAAAGAGGAAAGCAGGGAGGAUUUGGAAUCGGAGGAUGGGAAAUCGAGAAUCAGCAACAGCAUGAGCUUCGGCAUCGGCAGCCCUAUCCCGUCGCCGGCGUUUAGAACUUCCAAUUUGGCGAUGACGGAGGCGGAGGUGAACAGAUUGCGAUCCUCGCCUCCUCCGACGUUCAAGUUCUUAAAGGAUGCAGAGGAUAAAUUUAUGAGGAAGCAGGAAGCGGAGAGGAGGAGGUGGAGUCAAGAGAAAGAAGUCGAUGAUGUUCCGUUUGUCAAGCUUAGCAAAGCGGCGGCGCAGGUGAUGCCGCUGCCGUCUUCUCCGACGAUAAAUCCCUAGAUUGCAAUCAUUAUUCAUUCCAGUUUUUUUUUUCUCUCUUGUAUAUGUUGAUUGAUUGGAAUUACUAAUUUUGAUUCUCUUUAAUUUUGUUUAUUUUAUUGGAUCGACCGAGAUGAGAAAUUCAAUCUUUUGUUUCUGGG